AUGGCAGAGAGGAGUCGAAUACAACGCAGCAAGGUCCAGAAAAACAAACGAGAGAGGGAAAGGAUAAAGGCUUUAAAUAAGCAUUUUGCGAACUUAAAAGUGUAUCUUCCAAACAGGAACCAAAUCACAACGAAAGCAGAGAUUCUGCAAAGUGCCGUAGAAUAUAUUGAUUUUCUAGAAGACAUGGUUCAAGAUUUUCAGGAAAAAGAGUUGGAAAAAAUUGAAACAUUGACCGAGCCAGAAAAUCGUCCGAGUUGCAGAUAUUCGAAGGUAAGCUUUCAUGCGAUAGAAAUUUUUCAAUAUUUAUUUACAGACCAAAGGCUUUAAACAACUGGAAAAAAGUAAUAAAAGUAUUCCUUUAGGCCGGCUAAUGCCGCCUGGCUCAGUUUAGACCAUUGGUCUACCAUGCAUGGAAGUAAAACGUAGCAUUACAUACGUGUAUUAAACAGUACUACAGCAAUGUCUCGUUGCUUGAGAGCUUAUAUUUGAGGCGGUCACCAGAAUUACGAUCUCAUCCACAGAGUGAAGAAUUAGCUAAAAUUGCAGCUCUACAAGUGAACAGCAUAUAAACCACAUGAACGCUCAAGCUAUGAAGGAUUUCAACAGUGGUGAUGUUCCCACAAAGCUUGCUCUAAAGCUCGGCCGUUAAUCUCUGAAGGGCCGUUCAACAUUUAGUUAGACCCACAUUGUAAAGUGUAGUAAACAAACUCUGAGUAAAGUGCUAGGCCACUGGGUAAAUACCGAGAGAGAGAUUUGAACUAUAUAUAGGAAGUUGAGAUUUGAUUCUCAGACUCAUAGCUGUAAUAAAUUAAUAAGCACCGCUGUUUAUACAUUGAGCCUUUCUCGUAAAGCAACCUCUGUUAUUAAGCUGAUGAUAGAAAGAUGAGGCACAGAAACUAAACAUAAACUGACCAUGAUAUAAACUUUAAAACUAGUGUAGUAUAAUUUGUCGCUUGAGAUUUACCUGCUAGUUGGUUCUAUUUGUUGACACGUCAAACCGCACCCAUAAAAAAUCUAGCAUCAGUGAACAGCGAAACUCCUCGCUUUAUGAUUUUAAUGCAAACUAUAAAAUAGAUGGAAUUUCCUAGCAAAUGACUUUGCAUCAUCAGCUUCUUUCCUGUGGGCAUAGUGCAUGACUUUUCAAGUCAUCGUGAAUGCUAAACAUUCCAAGUUCCAUUCAUUAAAAGGCGCGCUUCAAGCCAUUAAGUUACGAAAUAGGCAAGCAGAAAUCAGUGGCGGGCGAGGCAGGAGGGUGGGAAGAUUUUUGUGACUAAUCAUUUCGUGUUAGUUUUGCUUCUUCAUGACCGUGCAGUGCCCCUGAUUGAGGUAUGGUGUGCCCCACUCUUCCAACAGAAAAGGCGACAAUGAGGAGGGGCACUCCGUUAAAAGUGGUCUAUAUGACUUAGCUUGCGGCAAGUUGAACUGUUUUAAGUGCUGCCCAUUUCGAAAACGAAAGGGGGUUUUCUCCUCAUGCACCAUUUUUAGACCCAAAUAUGAUCAAAUAUGGGAUUAACCGGUUGGACAACUGACGUACAACAAGCUCAGUUUUAAGGAGUAAAUUCUUGAUAGCCAUCGGCUACCUUACAUUUUCAGUAUUUUUGCAAUUCCCUGCUUUUAGAACCUUACAUUUACAUUUAAUCUCAUCCGAAAUUUACGUGUUCCUGUUGCUUAGUGUUAAUUAAUCAGUCAGGCUUCUUUUUCACUUAAUGACCCCACUCCACCCUCUUACUAACAAGGUGACCCUUCUGUCAUCGCUUGAUUACGUGUUAAUAAGAUCUAAUUGCCGGACAAUAAUAGGGUGUCAUCAGCUUAAAAGAUUUAAAAUGAUUUCCUUUUGAUUGCAGAUAAUAUCAGAAGAUUUGUUUUUCCAGCGGUGCAUAUACAAGACUCGAACUUCCUUUCAAACAUACGCCCAUUAGGAACGGACCAGUCAAAUUUUCGAGGCUUAUCGAAACGAAACGCGUCCCUGCACUGGCUUGUCAGGAUUUUUAAGACGUGAACCUCGUAUUGGAGCUUGCUCUGUGAGUUAUCCAGGUCCUUGGCGAAGUUUGUAAAUAAAAUAAAACCAGCUAACGAUGGCAGUGCUUACAUCUAACAGAAUAGACGUGGAGUAAAUUCAAAUUUCUUUUCUUUUCUUAUCAUUUUUUUAUUUUUUAUUCAUCUAUCAUUUUUGGCACGAUGUCAGUGGUCAUACUAGUAUCUGGUUUGUAAAAAUGUCUUGAGUCUUGCAUAGUUUUCUUUCUUUGGAAAAAAUAUCUUUCCGCAUACUCUUACCUUUGAACAGGUUCGUCUAGCUGCAAUUUUCGCUGUGGCUUCACUCGAAUGAGCGACUCAACCUGCAUCGCUUCUGUACCGAGAUAUUUCACACAAUUUCUGACAAGAAUGAAUCAAUGACUAUCCAUUUUAAUACACACAAAACUGUUUUCAUUUCAAUUUAGAAUUCCUGUACGAAAGCUGAAGAAGCCUGAGUAAAUGUUACGAGCGACUGUUCUUUCAUCGGACCGAUAUCUGCGGUAUCCCACGUUCGUUCUGGUCUUUGUUGUGUACAGGUUAAAUCGAUCUUAGAAUAAUUCUUAAGCCAUUUGUUAAUAUUUCCUUUUAUAAAGAACAACUUAUGUAGAUAACUUCCGUAAAUAAUUAAACCUGAGGAAUAGUAUUGCAAACUGAAAAUGGAAUUCAAGAGAAGAAGGUGGGGAUGGUACUCUAUUGAGCUCCGCAUAAAACACAUUUUCUUGUUUCUCUGUGCAGUGUCACAGAUCCUUUAAGAAGUGUGGGAAAAUUUCACUUGCUUGUAUUUAUAGCAUCUAAUCAGAAAUCCAUCAAUUUCUGAUUGCCGUUGAAAAGGAAAUAUUUGUAAAUUAAGACAUCUUUCAACCUAAACAGCUCAGAGGUUUAUCUGGGGUUAUGAUCAGCUAGAUAUGAGGAAUGCUUAAAGGCACACUAAUAACUUGAGGUUUGGGGCUAACUAGAAACCACUCGCGGCAGAAUGUUACCAAUGUCCCUUGGCGUGGCUGUCGCAGGGUCACUCCUUGUUACCAUUUUCAAAUUCUAAGGUCGCUGUUUCACAGCCAUAUCGCCUGUGGGAAUUUUUUUACAAUAUAUAUUUUUUUUCAUCAGCCCUAUAUCAACUUUGCCAGAGAGUAAUUUCAGUCCGUGCAAUUUCACCACAAAUUUUGACCCUCAUUAAGACAAAAGACUUCAGACGCCUUCCGAAACAGGCUCACUCAGAGAGUUCAUAGAAAAGAAGUGAGCCUGUACUGAGCAGGAAAUUAAAAUAUAGAUAUUUUGGACAUUUUUAAAAAUUGAAUUCCUACUGACACUGAUGUUUUUUUUUUUCAGGAGCCAGCUGCAUCAUACUUAAAGCCACACGACACAACGUCUUUGCUUGCUGACCAGUUUGCCGAGAGUAAGUAAAACGUCAUGGACUCUACUCUUACACAACCAAUAAGAGUUACUGGGGAGCUUAAGCAAUGACGGCAGGGAAAAAGCGUUUUUCAAAUUCGCUGUGAUUAAGUAAUGUCAAGGGGGUGAACGUUCCUGGAGUUGAAUUUUUUGGGAACCGCACCUUAGUUUAGCUUCGCUUGCCGAUCUUUAUUUGUCGUUUCACUCCGUCUUUUACCUUUUUUCCCCACUGCCGAGCUUGGUCCUAGGCUUAGUUUAGAAACAAAAAGAAAAAUUCUUAUUCGUUUGUUUUGCGCAUAAAAGGCGCCAAACAUUAAAGAUAAAAACACCAGUGCUGCAGUUUGUUAGAAGCUCCAUAACGGAGCGCAACUUUGUCUUCUGUCCACAAAUUAUGACAAAAUAAAUUAAUGAGACGUUUUUAUUUGUCGAUAAGAUCAAAAUGAUUAGUAGCGGGAAUGUUAUUGAACGUUCUGUUAUUGUACCGUCAGCUCAGAGAACCUUUAUUUUUCUAUUUCCUAGCACAUCAAGAAAUCCACUUUGAAAAUGAAGAAUGGAGGACACUGCUGGGAGAAUGAAUGA